AUGCGCCGUGACAUACGGAGGAGUGACGGAGAGGAGAGCGGCGACGACGGGGACGGCGGAGGGGGCGGCAAUAGGAGCGGUCGAAGCAGCGCGGCGGUUACGAUCUUGAAGGAUGCCGCGCAGACCGUUGCGCGGAAGGUGCGCGGCGCCGAUGCCGCCGCGUGGGGGCAACUCGGAGCGCUGCAAGGGGGCGCCGUCCCCCGACCCAUCGCCGGGGCCGCGCGUCGCCAGAAGCCGCCCCUCGCGCUGAAGCCGCGGCCAUUUAACGAGCGCGACGGCUGCCCCUCGCCCGCGAGCAGCGGAGAGGUGGCGCUGAUGCGGCCUCCGAAGUCCCCCGCGAGCAGCGGGGAGAUUGCGCUCCUCGAGGCGGAGGAGAUGUUGUUCGGCGCGAACCAAUGGUCCCCCGCGAACAGCGGAGAGAUGCCGCUCGUGGGAUCAAGGGAGUUUGCGCCGCUUCCGGCGACCCCGGAACGGCGCAGGGGCGACUACGAGGAAGUGAGCGAGGGGUUGGUGGUGGAGGUCGCACCUGGGGGAGGCAGCAUGCACCGCUCCACGUCGCCGUCGCUGUGGAACCAGCUGGGGUCGGUUUCGGAGAAUCUGCUGCUCGCCGCGCGACAGAAGAAAGGCGCUGCCUCUCUCCCCGCAGUGGACGCGCCUUCCGCGCCGCUGCAUCCCAGUAGCGCCCCCAAGGCCUCGCAUACGCGCUAUGCGCGCAAGGCGCAGCACCGCCACGGGCUGUCUCUCGGCGACGCGCCCUUCGCUGAUGCGCCCGUCGGCAUGGAUGCGCCGCUGCCGCUGUCUGCUCUUCCGCCAGUUGUCGUUAGCGGGGCCAGCGCGCCCGCAUCGAGCGUCAGCGCGGACAGCAUCGCCGUUGGUAGCUUCGGCGCGAGUGGGAGCAACCGGAGCGGCCGUAGCGGCGGGAAGAAGAGCAGCAAGGGCCGGGUUGCGGUGCGGGCGAGCGCGUCGGCCGUGGAACUGGACCGUUGGAGCGUGCUGCCGUACGAAGGCGGGCGGGAAAAGCCGCGCGAGUCGCGAGAGUCGAUGCGAGUCAAGCAGGCGCCGAGCAGCAAGGAGCACGGCGGAGUGACGGGCGGAGCGGCGGCAGUGCCGGGCGACUUCCUCUCGUCGUACUUCGGCGAUGCGCCCGACGCGUACGUUGGCGAGUUCGCGCUGCAGGAGGCGCGCAACGCGGCGCGUAACGCGCACAAGAAGACAACGGCGCAAACCGAAAGCGUUGUCAGUGCGACCCCGCGCAAGCAGCUAACGGCGGACGCGGAGGUGCGUCAGAUGCUGGCGGAGAGGCAAGCGGAAAGCGAGCGCGCGGAGGAGAGGAGGAGAGAGGAGCGGCAGCAAUGGGCGGACGAGCAGCAGCGGCUGCAGCAGCAGCUGCAACUACUCCGGCAGCAGCAAAAGCUGCAGCUCCUACAAGCCUUCCACGAGACGAACCAGCAGCACCUGCGCCCGUGCGACUUCGUGCUCGGUCGCCCGUACUCGUCACUGCUGCGGCGCUUUGUGCUCGCGCCGCAGGAGCUGGGCAGCGGGCAGUUCGGCGUGAUCCGCAAGUGCGUGGAGCGCGGAACCAACCGCGUGCUGGCGUGCAAGACGAUCCUCAAGAGCAACAUCGUGGCCAUGCAAGACGCCGCGGACAUUCGCCAUGAGGUGGCCGUGAUGGAGGCGCUCAAGGGCCAUCCGCAUGUGGUGAAGAUUGAGGAUACGUGCGAGGACGAGGAGGCGGUGCAUAUCGUGAUGGAGCUUUGCUCCGGAGGUGAUUUGUUCGAUCGUGUGAAGGAUGAGGGCCGGCUGAAGGAGCGGACGGCUGCGAUCGCGUGCCAGCAGGUGGUGCAGGCGCUGAUGUGGUGCCACGUGUCAGGCGUGGUGCACCGGGAUGUGAAGCCGGAAAACAUUCUGCUCAAGGGGCGGAGAGAGGGCGGCAGUGAUGGGGAUGCGCAGAACAAGGGGAAUCUGGGCGCGGCUGCAGCGGUGCUGGGAGGCAUUAUGGCUGCUCCUGCGAAGGUCGCGGGUGGUGCUGUUGACGAGGACGAGAUUCACGUCAAGCUCGCCGACUUCGGCGUUGCCACGUUCACUCGGGGCGAGCCAUGCACGGAGGAGCUGGGCACGCUACAGUACAUGGCGCCUGAGGUGCUCUCGGGAACAUACGGCCCAGCGGCUGACAUCUGGAGCGCGGGCGUGGUGCUGCACAUCAUGCUCUCGGGUCGCACGCCCUUCUUUGCGUCGCUCGGACGCACCGUGCAGGAGGCGAUUCUGCACGGCCCUGUGCGCAUGCGCGGGCCCCACUGGGAGGGUGUGAGCGAAGACGCCAAGAGCCUCGUGCGCGCCAUGCUGGAUAAGGAUGCCUCCACACGAAUUACUGCCAAGGAGAUUCUUGGUCAUCCUUGGAUUGCCAAAUACACGCAAUGA